UGCAGAUUUUGUCAGCAGAAACACUCUGAGCCUCAUCAGGUCGUUUCUGUACGAAAACAAAAUAAGUUUUGCAGUCGUCAUCAACUGUCGGACAGCAGAAGAUAUAAGGAUCAUGAAGUUCUUCUCAGACAAAAGCAUACGAAUAAAAGUUCAGACGAAGUGUGACGCAGUGGAAGCUUCUUCAUUACUUUCUGUGGAUAACCAUAAACUGGGUGUGGUGCUGGACUGGCAGUGUAGCGAUAGCACCAGAUUUCUAACACAGGCUUCUGAGCAGAAGUUAUACAGCAAACUUCACCACUGGCUGAUCCUCAGAUUUUAUGAAAAUUCUGGGCGAACUGUGAAACUAAAUGGUGAUACCAUAGCACAGUUAAGGAAUAAUACGCAUGUUACACAGUCUGAUGAUACACUGAUCUCAACCAAAGAGAGAUCGCGGUCUACACCGCAUGAAGAUGCACUCAUCGCUGCUUUAGAACCACUGGAUCUGCCCCUGGACAGUCAGGUGACUGUAACACGACCAGGAGCUGACGUGAACCAGGUUCUACUGCAGGAUAUUUAUAGGAUUAAAUCCGGAUUGCCUCUCAUAUUCACACCGCUUUGUGACUGGGCUCCAGGACAGCCAUUUCCUUUUAGUUUACGGAGGGACAAUUAUGGUGGAAUCGUAUUAAACACAGCAACUGUUGUUAUAGGAGAUACGUGGGAAAACUUCUUGAAUUGGCGCUAUAAGCACAUCAACUCCCUGACAAAAUUUCACUAUAUCCUCGUGGAACAUCUGUCCAGAAUGCUAAAUUUCAGGACGAACGUAACCCCAGUGAAUUCGUGGGGGUUCCCAGUCAAUAACACGGCGAAUUAUGAUGGAGUCAUCGGUUUGCUACAACGUGGAGAGAUAGAAGUGUCGUCCGUCGGUCUGUUGCACAAGACAGCGCGAAUGGACAUCGUUGACUAUGCAGGGGAGACGGUGUGUUAUGAGGGCGCAUUUCUGUUCCUGAAACCGUCUCUGUCUGACGUCUCCAACAUCUACACACUUCCUUUCAGUCGUGCUGUGUGGGUCACAUACCUCGUGGCGAUGGCUGUUUUUUCUUAUGCUCUCUACGUCACCCAACGAGCAGAAAGUGGACUUGAUGAGUCACAAGGAACACAACCAUUAUCAUUGAGUGACUCUUUGUUGACGGUCGUUGGAAUCAUCUGCCAAGAAGGUACCACUCGCGACCCACAGAGGAUAUCAUCGAGGAUUAUACUUCUGUCCCUUCUGCUAUUGUCACUUUUUCUCACUACAUCCUAUUCGGCCAUCAUUGUAUCCUUGUUGCAGACAACCAGCACUGCAAUUAAUUCUUUAAAGGACCUUAUGAACAGUCCGUUUACUCUUGCCAUGAAUGACGUCGCCACUAGCAUCAAUUAUGUUAAUGAAACAACAGACGCUGAUAUCAAGAACCUAUACUUCAAGCACCUGUUCACCCAGCCUUACCAUAAAGCCUUCACUACGUCAGAGGUUGGGGUCGAGAAAAUGCGUGAAGGACUGUACGCAUUUCAUGGUGAUGCAGAUGCUUUCAAAAUCAUCAGCGAGACGUACGAAGAACAUGAAAAGUGUAGACUGAAGAACAUUAAGAUGUUUUCAACAAUUCAGUUAGCUCUGGUUGUGCAGAAGGGUAGUCCAUUUAAAGAGCACAUCAGACAACGGGCACGUUGGUUAAAGGAAUCGGGGAUAUCCGAUCGAGAAUACAAAUACUGGAUCGUGCAGAAACCCAAGUGUCAUGGCAACGUUGAAGGAUUUAAGAGCGUACGAUUACAAGAUUUCUACCCGGCUCUGCUGGUCUUUGCUUAUGGUCUGGUUCUGUCUGUAGGAACUCUCGUUUCGGAAGUCUUGUACCAGAAGCUUCAGUGUUUGAAGUAUAGUCAGCACUACCAAUCCAACGUAGUCUUUACAUUCCAUUCACGAACUUGUGUAAAGUCACUACGAAACACACCAGUGACACACCAGAUGCUUGCAAAAUAUCACUACUUUUCUGAAUAUAUCACGUUCAUGUGGCUAACACUUGGGACAUUAUUGAUAUCUCUUGUGGUCUGGAUGCAUUGUUACGCUGUUUGUGAUAACAGAUUGGCUACAGUUAGAGCCUUCGCAUAUCACAACCAUAUAUCAUCUGUAAUAUCAUUCUUAUGUCACCAAAGAGCUGCAACGUCAUUUUAUAAGACUUUAUCUGAUGAAGGAAUUCCAGUGUCAGUAUUCUUACCGGGUCAAUCUGUUGAUGCGCCCUCGUUACUGAAGACUGAAUAUUACCGGUUGGCAGUAAUUGUGGAUAUUGCAUGUGAUGGCAGUGUUCAGUUUAUGGCGGAGGCCUCCAGAAGGAAACAAUUCAGCAGUCUGCACUUUUGGUUAUUACUGUCACAGUCUGGAAACAUGUUCACGUCAAGUAAUAAUGGCGAUGGACCUACUUUAAGCAAUGAAUCGCUUAUCACAGCCCUGGAACCACUUGACCUGCCACUGGAUAGUCACGUGACUUUGGCACUUCCAGGGCCUGACCAGGUCCUCCUACAAGAUGUGUAUAGGCUUGUAAAUGGGCAGUCUCUUACCGUCACACCACCUCGUCACUGGAGACAGAUAGAAGGAUUUCCAGUUGGUCCACAGAGAGACAAUUACAGAGGAAUUGUUUUUCCCACAACAGCUGUAGUUACCGAAGACGAUAAGUGGGAGAACUUCCUGGACUGGCGCUAUAAGCACAUCAAUUCUCAGUCAAAAUUUCACUACACCCUUGCAGAAUAUGUCUCCAGAAUGCUAAAUUUCAGAAUGAACGUAACUCCAGUUGAAUCCUGGGGAUAUCCGAUCAGGAACACGGCCCGAUAUGGCGGAGCAAUGGGCUUGCUACAACGUGGAGAGGUGCAGAUAGCCGCUGUCGGCCUUCUAUUCAAACCAACUCGUAUGAAUAUCAUCGACUAUGCUGGGGAAACAGUGCGCUUCGAGGGCGCAUUUCUGUUCCUGAAACCGUCUCUGUCUGACGUCUCCAACAUCUACACACUUCCUUUCAGUCGUUCUGUGUGGGUCACGUACCUUGUUACGAUGGCUGUAUUUUCUUAUGCCCUCUACGUCUCUCAACGAACAGAAGGGGGAAUUGAUGGCCCGAGAGGAACGCGGCCUAUGUUCUUGAGCGAUUUCUUCUUCACAGCUAUUGGAAUCAUCUGCCAAGAAGGUACCACUCGCGACCCACAGAGGAUAUCAUCGAGGAUUAUACUUCUGUCCCUUCUGCUGUUGUCACUUUUUCUCACUACAUCCUAUUCGGCCAUCAUUGUAUCCUUGUUGCAGACAACCAGCACUGCAAUUAAUUCUUUAAAGGACCUUAUGAACAGUCCGUUUACUGUUACCAUGAACGAUAUUUCCUACAAUAUAAAUUAUGUUAAUGAAACAACAGACGCUGAUAUCAAGAACCUAUACUUCAAGCACCUGUUCACCCAGCCUUACCAUAAAGCCUUCACUACGUCAGAGGUUGGGGUCGAGAAAAUGCGUGAAGGACUGUACGCAUUUCAUGGGGAUGCAGAUGCUUUCAAAAUCAUCAGCGAGACGUACGAAGAAUAUGAAAAGUGUAGACUGAAGAACAUUAAGAUGUUUUCAUCUGUUCAUUUAGGUUUUCCUAUGAAGAAGGGCACUCCAUACAAAGAACACGUCAGACAACGCGUCCGUUGGCUGAAGGAGUCAGGGAUAACCGAUCGAGAAUACAAAUACUGGAUCGUUCAGAAACCUAAAUGCCAUGGCAACACCGAAGGAUUUACAAGCGUACGUCUACAGGAUAUUUAUCCAGCACUGUUGGUUUUUCUGUAUGGCUUGGUCUUGGCUGUCUUUAUUCUCGUUCUGGAGGUCUCAUGCCAAAGACUUCACUGUUCACAGUGCAGGAGCUACCAAACAUCCCCCCAAUAUUCAUACACAAACUGAGUCGGCAUUGACGUAUUGACAUUUCUAGCAGUACAUUUGCAGUAUUCGCACUCUUAUAUACAGAUCCAUGCCACCACAAAUUAUUAUAACCGCCAGCAUUAGAAGUAAAAGAAAUCCUUCCUUCUGAGCCUUGCUUCAGCUGUAACACCUUCCGUUUGUUGAUGUAUUGAUAAAUAAUACGUAGUAUCAAUUUUAGGUAAGUUUAUAAUCCCAAGCAUUUUCCUAUGGUGGAAAGAUUUGAUGGGGUAACAGGGAAUUUUAGGAGGCAAUUAGCUAAAUCAGAAAGGAAUUCCUGCAGUUAUGAGGUCUCUGGAGAGCGAACUGUGGUUCAUGAUAAACAAUUUUAGAAUGUUUCAGGUAUCAACAACUUCCAUCAUAUUUACGUGUUGAAAGAUCUUGUACUAGUUUAUUUGCAUUUUUUUGGCUGAUUCCUAAAGUUACUGUUCAGUUUACAUCCGAUAUUUCUCUAUGUUAGAUACUGACCUUUUUAUUGUUAUUCAGUGCAUUUUCCCCAAGUGAUAACAUAUAUUAGAUUCGAAUGUUUGUUCUUUUCCCUGAAUUUCUGAUUUUCAUAUCUGUAUUGGAUUCCAUAUGCAAUAGUGAAAAAACAUAGGCCAUACAUUUAUAUCAGAUUUGUGUAGAUAGACAUUGUACUUGUGAAAAAGGGCCAGAGUUUAUUAGACGGAAUACAAUUACGGAAAAACCCUAAGAUCUAUGGAGAUUAUAUUAUGUUUAGACCAGAUAAGAACUCCAUCUUAUUUCCAUGUCUAACAGUAUACCUGUGAAAUUGACACUUCUAGAUUCAUGUAUUGAGUUGGUAUAUGCUGAAAGGUAAUAGGAUUCAAUACAAAAGGCUGUAGCUAUGGUAGGCUCCUCAGUCUUUAAACAUUACAGUGUAUAUGUACAAAUUAGAAUAGAAUAAAGAUCGUGAAGGUAAAGAAGU